AUGGAGCUGCACCAGGUGCUGCUGCUGUUGCUGCUCCUGCUGCUACGAGGGUCUGAGCUGGGCCUCCCCACAGUGCUGGGGGGCUGGGCUCAGCACCCCUUGGCUCUCUCUUCCCCUCCAGACUCUCCAGUGCUGGCCCAGCUCGUGGUCCCAGUGCAGCUGCUCACCAACACUACAGGAGCGUUGGACUCAGUGUCCUAUGUCCUCACCAUCAAGGGGAGGCCUUUCACCAUUCACCUCCAGCAGCAGGCCUUCUUGUCUGAUGACUUCAGGCUUUAUGUCUCUGAUGGGGAGGGGCCUUUGCACCCUGAGUCAGUUCAGAUCAAGGGAGACUGCCACUACCACGGCUACAUCCAGGGCUUCCCCAGCUCAGCAGUGACCCUCAGCACCUGCUCAGGGCUCAGGGGCCUACUGCAGUUUGAGAACAUCAGCUACGGGAUUGAGCCCCUGGGGUACUCUGCUGGCUUCAAGCACUUUGUGUAUCCAGUGAGUGACAAGGACACAGCAGGGGCCCUGCUGGCCAGCAGCCACCUCCAGAGAGUGGCAGUGGGCUUGGAGGUGCAGGAGAUGGCAUUCAAAGCUGGUGGAGAUAAACCUUUACCAGCUGCAGCUCAAUCCCCCAAAACCCUCAGAGUCUCCGUGGUUGUGGACAAGGCUUUGUACACCUACAUGGGGGCAAACACCAACACUGCUGCACAGAAGAUAAUCCAGGCCUUCAAUCUGAUCAACAGUAUGUUUCACCCUCUUAAUGUCACCAUUCUGCUGUCCUCCCUGGAGGUGUGGACACAGCAGAACAAGAUCUCCACAGCAGAGGAGGCUCCCACCCUGCAGACAAGCUUCACGCAGUGGAAGAGGCUGCACCGUGCUCAGUACAAGGCCCAAGAAGCCAUGAUGGGAGCAACGACACAGGGGGCAAUCUGUCAGAGAGAUGGUGCUGGAGCAGUGGCUGUGUACCAAAAGUUCAUGUCCCUGGAGUCCUUCUCUGUCCUUGUGACCCAGCUGCUGGCACACAGCCUGGGCAUGAAGUACGAUGAUGCCCGCAGGUGCCGGUGCCGCACCAACACCUGCAUCAUGAGCAGGAUGGCACUCUUCACAGGUGGGACUAAAGCCUUCAGCAACUGCAGCAUCAAGGACUUUGAGACCUUCCUGAGGCAGGAGAGGAGCAGGUGCCUGUUGCACAGAGGCAGAUGGAGAAGGCCUUCCUUAGGCAUGGCCAAAUGUGGCAACGGCAUGGUGGAGCCUGGCGAGCAGUGCGACUGCGGCGCUGGGGAGGCGUGCUCAAAGGAUAAAUGCUGCACUGCAACGUGUCGGUUCAAGCCAGGAGUGAAAUGUUCCUCUGGGCUGUGCUGCAGGGACUGCCAGUUCAUGAAGCAGAACUCUCCCUGCCGCCUGGCUGCCAACCCAGAGUGUGACCUGCCUGAGGUCUGCAGUGGCUCCUCUGCCUCCUGCCCCCCUGACCUCUACCUGCAGGAUGGGCACAGCUGUGGGGGUGGCACUGGCUACUGCUACAAGGGACACUGCCAGUCUCCAGAGCUUCAGUGCCAGCAGCUCUAUGGGAGAGAGUCCAGAAAUGCUCCCACGGCCUGUUACGAGGAGCUCAACAGCCAGAAGGACAGGUUUGGGCACUGUGGAUUCCACCCCAGGAGGGGUUACAAGUCCUGCAUUUGGAGGGAUCUCAGGUGUGGGAAGCUGGUCUGCACCUACCCCUCCAACCUCCCCUACCCCUCGGGGGCUGCUGCUGUGGUGUACGCCCGAGUGCAGCACCACCUGUGUGUCUCUCUGGAUUACCUGAACACAUCAGCACAGAGAGACCCUCUGCUGGUCCCACCAGGCACAAAGUGUGGUCCUGGAAAGCUGUGUAUCAACAGCACUUGUCAGCCACUGUCGGCCCUGGGGCAGGACUGUGCCAGCGCAGUGCAGUGCCACGGCCACGGCGUGUGCAACAAUAAGGGGCAGUGCCACUGCCAGCCUGGCUGGCAGCCCCCCAACUGCCAGCGGAGGGACUCCAGGCUGCGGGGCAGCGGCGGCGGCCAGGAGCAAAUGCUGAAGGACACCAAUGUGAUCUCAGCCCUGCUGGGCAUCUUCCUCCUCCUCACCGGUGCCAUAGCCUUCGGCCUCUACCGGUGGUGCAGGCAGAAGCCCCCAGGCAGAGAGGGGUCCUGCUCAGAGCAUCCUGCCAAGCCCCCAUCGGAUGGGGAGGACUCACUGGGCUGGGAUGGAGACUCCACCAAUGCCCUGGGCACCUGGGCCAGACUUUGA